GACCAUUAGGGAAGAAAAGGAAGAGUGAGCUGCUUUUGGAUCGCUGACAGAAGACAGCAUGAUGUUCAGGUUUGUUUGUGUCUGCCUUCUCUUAAGUGAAGUAAGCGGUCAACGAGGGUCUGGUGUUCCCUAUAGUUUUGGAUUUUAUAACUUCGAUAAUAGACCUUCUGGUAGUGGCUCUGUACCCUCUGUGAAUGACCUGGGUGAAGUCAAAGGUGGACCUCCGCCAAGUUCCAGUUACACGUCUUCCAGAUACCCAAUUCUAAGUUAUCCUGCCCAAUCAAGUCCAAUGCAGAUGCCACCAAACCAGGCAAGCUAUGCAUGGAUGCCCUCAACUCUGGUGAGCCAGCAAGGCCCAUCCCAAACCCAGGCGAAGCCAGUGUGGGGUCUCAAUCGCCCUGCUCAGGAGGCCCAGGUGCCGCAGACUUCCAGCCACCCGGCCAAGACUCCACCAGCCCCAGUGAGGCAGGUGCCGCAGACCACCAGCCACCCGGCCAAGACUCCACCAGCCCCAGUGAGGCAGGUGCCGCAGACCACCAGCCACCCGGCCAAGACUCCACCAGCCCCAGUGAGGCAGGUGCCGCAGACCACCAGCCAGCAGGCUAAGACUCCCCCAGCCCCAGUGAGGCAGGUGCUGCAGACCACCAGCCAGCAGGCUAAGAUUCCCCCAGCCCCGGUGAGACAGGAGCCGGCUCACGAUCUUAAACCUACACCUAGCCCUACUGGUGAUUCUGUGGAGGAAAAGCAUUACCUUGUUCCCUAUAGAGUUGGACUUUAUAACUUUGAUAAUAGACCUUCUGGUAGUGGCUCUGUACCCUCUGUGAAUGACCUGGGUGAAGUCAAAGGUGGACCUCGGCCAAGUUCCAGUUACACGUCUUCCAGAUACCCAAUUGUAAGUUAUCCUGCCCAAUCAAGUCCAAUGCAGAUGCCACCAAACCAGGCAAGCUAUGCAUGGAUGCCCUCAACUCUGGUGAGCCAGCAAGACCCAUCCCAAACCCAGGCGAAGCCAGUGUGGGGUCUCAAUCGCCCUGCUCAGGAGGCCCAGGUGCCGCAGACUUCCAGCCAGCCGGCCAAGACUCCACCAGCCCCAGUGAGGCAGGUGCCACAGACCACCAGCCACCCGGCCAAGACUCCACCAGCCCCAGUGAGGCAGGUGCCGCAGACCACCAGCCAGCAGGCUAAGACUCCCCCAGCCCCAGUGAGGCAGGUGCUGCAGACCACCAGCCAGCAGGCUAAGAUUCCCCCAGCCCCGGUGAGACAGGAGCCGGCUCACGAUCUUAAACCUACACCUAGCCCUACUGGUGAUUCUGUGGAGGAAAAGCGCUACCUUGUUAUAGCUCAGCCAUCAGGUUUUCAAACCCGCUAUGUGGUCAAAUCAUUUAACCGUUAUGUACGAGGAAAAAAGGUCUUUUCCCAAACCACCUACAUCCCACUGCACUAUCGUUCAAGUGAAACUGCCCCUGAGCCUGCCCCCGUCACCAUUUUUCCAUGAUGCUCAGACUGUCCAAACUCUGGAGGCCCUUUCUAACAG